AUGAGGCUGCCUGUGUGUCUCCUGCUGGUCACUCUGGCCCUGUGCUGCUAUGAAGCCAAUGCGGUGCCCUGUGCAUCCCUGGUGAAAGAAAUGGGGACCUUCCUGAUUGGUUCUGACACUGCAAUGAAGAUACAACUCGCCAAAUAUAAUGCACCAAAGGAGGAAGUGGCAGCAAAGUUGCAAGUGAAGAAAUGCACAGACGGGAUGUCCUCAGGGGACAGAAAGCGAAUUAUAAAAAUAUUGGCUCAAAUACUUGUCCAGUGUGGUGCCAAUGAUAUAAAUAGUAUUAUUUCCUAA